CCCAUCCCCUCACCACCCGGCUCGUAAUUUGAGGAAAUGUCGCGCCGCGCGCGGCUCCCGUUCGGCAGCAAGAGGAGCGUCUCCACGGAGAUUCCCGCGGCGGGGGUCGGUGCCUCCUCCACGCAUUCGCCGAGGCCCAAAGGCGCCCCCGGCCCCGCGGGGCCCCUCGCCAGCAUCGGCGGCAGCGGCGGCGGCAGCGGCGGCAACACGAACGGGGUUCGCGCUGGACGCCAAUCGCGGAGCGGUAGCGCCAAGGAGGCGUUUGACCUCUCAUUCAAGGUGAUGGUGAUCGGAGACUCCGGCGUGGGCAAGACGUGUCUGCUCAUGCGCUUUAAAGACGGUGCCUUCCUGUCUGGCAGCUACAUCGCCACAGUCGGCAUCGACUUCAAGAACAAGGUCGUGACCAUCGAUGACGUCAAGGUGAAACUCCAGAUCUGGGACACCGCCGGCCAAGAGAGGUUCCGCAGUGUAACUCACGCGUACUACCGCGACGCCGACGCCCUGCUCCUGUGCUACGAUGUGUCCAACAGAGUGUCGUUCGAGAACGUGCGGUCUUGGCUGACGGAGGUACAGAAUUUUGCAGACAGCAACGUGGUCCUGAUGCUCAUCGGCAACAAGGCUGACCUGGGCGGGCAACGCGUGGUUCGCCUGGAGGAUGGGGAGAGGCUCGCCAAGGAAUGCAAGGUGCCGUUCAUGGAGACAAGCGCACGGAGCGGCCUCAAUGUGGAGCUGGCAUUCAUGGCCCUGGCCAAGGCCUUGAAGCAGCGUGAACUGGGGAAGCCGGACGAGCCCAAAUUCCAGCUCAAGGAGUACGUGGAGGCAGCGCAGCACAAGUCCAGCUGCUGCCUCACGUCCUGAGCAGUGCACACCACACCGUGCACACCACACCGUGCACACCACACCGUGCACACCACACCGUGCACACCACACCGUGCA